GAUGGUGACUCGUUGAAGCGACGCAGGGACGACGAGAGCAGAGAGAUAAACCCACUCUGAGAUCACCAGGGUAGGGGAUAAAGAUAGUGAAACCCACCGUCCUGCUUUCACCGAUCACUGUUUAUUCAUUUCAUCACAUCAAAGAGAGGGAGGCCAGCCAAGGAUGAACGGCGACACAGGUGCCGGUGUGGUGACGGCUCCCCCUCCUACCACAGCCCCUCACAAGGAGCGGUACUUCGACCGGGUGGACGAGAGCAGCCCGGAGUACCAGAGGGAGAGAAACAUGGCCCCCGACCUGCGGCAGGACUUCAACAUGAUGGAGCAGAGGAAGAGGGUCUCCAUGAUUCUACAGAGCCCGGCUUUCUGCGAUGAGCUGGAGACGAUGAUCCAGGAUCAGCUGAAGAAGGGGAAGACGCCCACCAGCCUUCUGGCUCUGCAGCAGAUCGCAGACUUCAUGACCACCAGCAUGCCUUCCAUGUAUCCCGCCGCACCGCAGGGAGGCAUGGCGGCACUCAACAUGAGUUUGGGCAUGGUGACUCCAGUGAACGAUCUGCGUGGCUCCGACUCUAUUUCCUAUGACAAGGGCGAGAAGCUGCUCCGCUGUAAGCUGGCUGCCUUUUAUCGGCUCGCUGACUUGUUCGGCUGGUCCCAGCUCAUCUACAACCACCUCACAGUCAGGGUGGGCUCAGAUGAGGAGCGCUUCCUACUUGUCCCUUUUGGGCUCCUGUACAGUGAAGUCACUGCUUCCAGUCUGGUGAAAGUCAACCUUCAGGGGGAAAUUGUGGACCGGGGAAGCACAAACCUCGGGGUGAACAAGGCGGGCUUCACUCUCCACCAUGCCAUCUAUGCGUCACGGCCCGAUGUCAAGUGUAUCGUACAUAUACACACAGCUGCUGGUGCUGCGGUGUCUGCCAUGAAAUGCGGCUUGUUGCCUAUCUCACCUGAGGCACUGUCCCUGGGGGAAGUUGGAUAUCACGACUACCAGGGCAUACUUGUGAAUGAAGAAGAGGUUGCUGUCAUACAGAGGAACCUUGGGCCUACCGGAAAGGUGCUCAUCCUGAGAAACCAUGGCCUGGUGUCUGUAGGUGAAACAGUGGAGGAAGCUUUCUAUUACAUCCACAAUCUGGUCACUGCCUGCGAGAUUCAGGUGCGAACACUGGCCAGCGCUGGAGGGCCAGAUAAUCUGGUGAUGCUGGACCCAGCGAAGUACAAGUCACGCCCGCGGGUCCCGGAGCCAGCCGGGGACGGGUCCUCUGUACACCCCAAGUGGCAAAUUGGGGAGCAGGAGUUUGAGGCUCUCAUGAGAAUGCUCGACAACUUGGGCUACAGGACGGGCUACCCUUACCGCUGCCCGGCAUUGCAAAACAAAUCUAAAAAGUACAGUGACGUAGAGAACGCUACCUCCGCCCACGGUGGCUACUCCUACGGGGAGGACAGUGACUCAGGCGCCCGCUCCCCGCUGAAGCAGAGCUUCCAGCGCGGCCAGGGCAACAAGACCCGCUGGCUCAAUGCUGGCGGUCGGCCCGACGAGCCCUACGAGGACGGGCCUGACGGCAGCAGCCCCAAGUCGAAGCCUAAGGUGUGGACGAACAUAACACACGAUCACGUGAAACCCUUGCUGCAGUCUCUCUCGUCUGGUGUCUGCGUGCCAAGCUGUAUAACCAACUGCUUGUGGACAAAGGAAGAAGGACUUCGACAGACUGCCGUAGCCAAUCAGUUCAUCCCAAUGCACACUAACCCAAAAGAUGUCCUGGAGAUGAGGAAUAAGAUCCGGGAGCAGAAUCUGCAGGACAUAACAACAGCAGGGCCGCAGUCUCAGGUUCUGUGUGCCGGGAGCGGGAUUGAACGCAGCUUCAACCAGGGGGAGCUAGUGACCGCAUCCAAGGCCAUCAUCGAGAAGGAGUAUCAGCCCAAGGUCAUCGUCAGCAAGCAGGGUCCCAACCCCUUCACCAAACUCACCGACCAGGAGCUGGACGAGUACCGCAGGGAGGUGGAGCAGAAACAGAAAGGGCCUGAAGUGAAGGCACGAGUCGAUAGUAAGGGGGGAUCAGCCUCCAGUGUUCCCUGUCCUGAGGCUGAAACGCUACCGAGGGGUAAAUCCUCCACCUCCAAUCCUCUGCGAUCUGAGACAGACUCCCCCAGCUCAGGGAGAGCUCCAGCUCCCACUGCCACACCUGCUACACCUUCCUCCCUCGUGGUCUCAGCUCAGGGCGACGCAGACUCUGCAGACGAUGUUUUUUCGGCUGCAGAAGAUGCUUUUUCAGCUCCAGAUUCCCCACAAAAGGAGUUCCACUGCGCUGUGCUGCGAGCCCUCAGCAAGGAGCCUUCGGUGAAAGAGGCAGAUCAGGCUCCAGACCUGGAGCAGCUAGCAGAGCCUGAGGAGGAAGAAGAGCCAAAAAGCCAGAAACCCACCGCCACACCCCCCAGCACCCCCGUCAGAGCAGAGGAAGAGUCUUUGCCUGAUCAAACAUAUAAGGACGAGAGUGACGCCGCCACCCUGAGACAGACCCUUCCAGAUUUAACACCUGACGACCCCUCCGAUGCCCCGGCUCUUCCUGUCGAAGACUCCGCCCCUGUCCCUGCAGACGCAGCCGAGGGGGAGGAACCCGCUGACGCUGGCGACCAGGAGGGAGAAGAGUCUCCCAGCAAGUCACCCUCCAAAAAGAAAAAGAAGUUCCGCACUCCUUCCUUCCUAAAGAAAAACAAGAAAAAGACUGCAGAGUCCUAGAUUGGAGAAUGUUGGAUCGGUCCUCACGGCUGGCUGCUGCCUCUUUUCAUUUCCGCUUUUUGUCUGCUACCAUUUCACCCUUCGAGCAAGCCUCAGUAACACACACAGUUAUACUUUUUGUUGUUUUGAUAUCAUUUGUCGCUGGCUUAUUAACCUAUUUUUCCUUGUUAGUGUGUGCCAAUUUUGUAUACAGUGUAAAAAUGAUUGAUUGCAAAGGUUUUUAAUUAUUAGAGGCUUUUAAGUUGAGUCAUGAAUUCUGUCUUGUCCACUCCAUCAGGCCUUUGAUGCAUGUCUUUUACUACAGGCCCACACACUAAAUGUGAGGUUUAAGGGCUUUAUUGCCCUAAUUGUUUUUUAAGAGGAAUACAAAACUGUUGUAACCACUAGAAUGUAUUGGGAUUGUAUCAAAAAAACGUGUCAAGUGUCGUUGAAAAACUGAAUGCAGAAGAAGCUUGUGCUCUCAUUUAACUGGUGGUACAUUUGGACCUUAAGAACUACAAAUUACAUAGUGCUAAUUUUACCUCUGCAGCUGUGCACCCAUGUAAUUACAUGUUAAAAGGCCAGGAGAAUUACAGUUGGGUUGUUAACAGUUGAUUACUUAUGGGAAAAUGUAGUCAUACAAAGUCUAUAAUAAUGUCUCUAUAAUCCAAUUUUUCAUUAAAUCAUCCACAAGAUACAGUAAAUCCCAUCUGGGUGUCAAACUCAAUCUUCUACCCUAAAGCAUUUUACUCAGCCUUAGCUUACAGGUAUGUUGUAGAGUGCUUUAGAUCUUUUAUAUUAUGUGGAAUUUUGUUUUAAUAUUUCUGAAACUGAUUAUUCUGCGGUGCUGCAAACCCGCACAUGGAAACAUUUGAACCUAAAGUGAUUUUUAGCGUGAGUCACAAAAACAUGUGAGUCAUCCCGGGAAGUGUCAGCAAGCAUUGUUGAUUAUUCCAAGGGCUGAUUAUAUAUUUGCUGUUAUUCUUUAGUAUAAAGGAAUGUGUAAAAAGGAAUUCUCACUUAAUGUUUUUCAUUUACUCUAAUUAUAUAAGCCUGGCUUUGUUUUACUUUUGUCUCUUGGUUUCUCCCCUUCUCAGAAACGGGCAGAAAAGCUACAUGUCUGAUAUUUCAGCUUGUUUUAUGUUUUUUAUUGUUGCUUUUACUCAAGUAUUUUCACUAUGAUUGCUUGCUGUGAGAGAGCACUGUGAACCUCCUCUUUUGUAAACCACUGUCUGGGGAUUUGUACCACAUGUACUGUCAUUAACAUAGAUACAGUUGCUACAGAACAUGUAAAAGACUAGUAUGAAGCUGCAUGAUCAAUCAUAUGUCAGAACUAUCAACCUGGACUCUCCUGUGUAAAACUCCACUAUGAGCAAAUAGACAUCGAAUGCCUGUGUGUUUCCAGCUGCAGUAUAGACACUGGAGAAGCAUUUUUUUGUAUGUCACUGAUGUAUAAUCAAUAACGAUAUUUCAAAUGAUCUGUGCUUAAGGUUGCAGGGCAUUAAUACAAAGGCCAUCUCCAUGUAUUGCAUUCUAACUUGUUUUUAUUCUUCCUGUUAAGUGGCGGUUUAGUCUUCUGUCUCUCUAACUCGUGGUGACGGGAAGCUUCUACUAAUCUGAGGUACUGAAUAAACCUUUGUUCAAGACAGAUGGUGCAUCUACACUAUUGCAUACAAGCUGAGGAUGUCUAACUCAUGAAUGUGCAUGUGUAGAGGGCCUAGUGUGUGUGCUGUCCUUUAAGUCACUGUAACUACCCUUUUAUUGGAGUUAUAAUUUAGCUUUAGUGUGCUGAUAACAAAACUAAAAGUCACUGUAGACAUGGUUUUCCUCCCAGUCAGUUUCUGUUAAAUAUCACAUCUUUGCUCAUUUGUUUUCUCUGUCUGAGCUACUUCCAAUUGAAAUGUUUCUCAUCAUUAUACCAUCUACAGACGUAAUACUUCCACCUCUCUUCUCUCAUAGUUCUGGCUGUUUUACAACCAUGAAUAAAAAAAACCCACUUACCUUGAAAAUCA